UUAAAGAGUGAAGUUCACUUUUUCAAAACAAAACAAAAUAAAUCACACAGGAGUUUAGAACUGUGAUGCAACAUCAAAGGCAUUUUUGAAUGAAAUCUGAUUAUGAUGUCACAAUAACCAAAAAAAGGGUAUAAAUAGGUCAGGAUCCAAACUGAGACAACACAGUCAGUGAAGCUCUUUACUCGAACCAGUCUACCUCCAAGACAAUCAGUUUGCUUAGAACAAAAAUGACGACCGACAAUUCUGAAACUCUUAGAUGGGCAGAACUAUUGGAGAUGGAGGAUUUAGACAGCCUGGGGGCAGCAGCUCCAGCAUUUCAGGCCACAUACCAGAGGGUAGAGGAAGGCCUCCAGGAUAGCAGUCACCAGGACCCUUUUCAAGAGGGGCAGGAUGGCAUCCAGGACUGCAGCUAUAACCACCAGGCCCCUUACCAAAGUAGACGGGAGCGGAACCAUGACUACAACCACCAGACCCGCUACAAAAGGUGGCAGGGAGACCAACAAAACUAUAGACAACAGGCCCCUCGCCAAGGGGCACAGGGUGGCCAUGAGAACUACAACCACCAGGGCCCUCACCAAGGAGAACAGGGUGGUCACGAGGACUACAACCACCAGGCCCCUCACCAAGGGGCACAGGGUGGCCCCCAGGACCUCAACCACCAGGCCCAUCACCAAAGGGCACAGGGGGGCAAACAAAACUACAACCACCUGGGCCCUCACCAAGGAGAACAGGGUGGCCCCCAGGACCUCAACCACCAGGCCCCUCACCAAGGGGCACAGGGGGGCGAACAAAACUACAGGCACCAGGCCCCUCACCAAGGGGCACAGGUAGGCAAUGAAAAGUACAACCACCAGAUGCCUCACCAAGGAGAACAGGGUAGCAACCAAGACUACAACUACCAGGCCCCUAACCAAGGACAAUAUGGUGGCAACCAAGACUACAACCACCAGGCCCCUAACCAAGGACAAUAUGGUGGCAACCAAGACUACAACCACCAGGCCCCUUACCAAAGAUGGCAGGGAGGCCACCAAAAUUACUACAAUAACAACUACCGGGGCUCCUACAAUCGAAGAGGUGGGAGAGGCCCUCCCCGAUGGUUUGUGGAAACUAAUCUUAGGAACCGCGUAGAGGAGGUGAACUUACUUCUGAAACAGGAGAAAAAGAAGAAUCAAGAGCUGCUACAGGUGUGCCAGACCAAAGAGACAGAGGUACAGGAAACAGUGAGGGUCGAGUGUGGCAGAAGGCUUGACUGUGAAGAGAUGAACAGGCGGCUCAUAGAAGACAUCAAAGACCUGAAUCCGUCUUACACCGUACCACAGAACCUGAGUCUGCCCUCUAUAGCACUUGAGGAGCAGUCAAAUAAUAUUGCCAAGAUUCAAGAGCUCCAAGAUCAGCUGCAGGCUGAAAGGUUGAGGGUUGUCACUCUCAACACAGAAAAGGAGGAAAUCAAGAGUAUAUUUUUAGAGGUUGGCAAAAAAGACCAGGUGCAGAUUGAUCAGCUGGAGUCAGAGAAAGCUUUACUGGAGCACAGGGUGAAGACACUGCAGGGAAUGGUCACGAACAGAGGAUGGGAGACAAGAAAUCUCACUGAAAAGAUGAAAGAGCUCACGGAUCUUAAUACAUCUCAAAAGAACCAGUUGCGGGAAGAGACGUCAAAGUGUAACGACCUAAAUACACAACUGAUGACGGUAAGGCAACAGCUUCUUAAAAAACGUGACACAGACCUGAAGCUGCUUGAAAAGCUGGUGAAAGAAAAAGACUCCAUGGAGAAGGAGCUCAAGGAUCUGCAGAGAGAUGCCUUGAGAAGAGAGAGGACCAAUAGAGAGCAGCAGGAGGACUUGCAGAGGAAGCUGCAAGAAAAGUCCGGCAGUUGUUUUGAGCUGGCCUCCAAACUGAAAGAUCAGGAGGCAGUCAGUCAGGGGCUGCAGAAGGAACUGGAGAAGCUGCGUAAGGAAAUGAAGGACCUAAAGUGUAAGAAAAAGACAGAGCCCUCCCUCAGAGUAGACAACAUCCAGGUAGACACAGAGAGAAACACUCCAAACAUGGUCCAGGGGACAUCUGAGACAAUCCAGACAAGACCUGAAGUCGUUGAGGAAAGACCUGAGGUGGUCGUGGUAAGACCUGAGGUGGUCGUGGUAAGACCUGAGGUGGUCGAGGUAAGACCUGAGGUGGUCGAGGAAAGACCUGAGGUGAUCGAGGUGGUGGUCAAGGUAAGACCUGAGAAUAUCUCUAUGUGGAGGAAGUUUAAAAAGUUUAUGACCCCUAGAAAGAAGAGACAGAACAAGCAGUGAAAUCUCAACACCCCCCCCAACCGCCCAACCACCCCCCCAACACCCCAACACACACACAUCGGCUGUAAAAGGCAGCACACAGAGGAGCAUGUGAAGUCCUGUCAGGACUUCACAUGCUCCUCUGUGUCUGCAUGGGUUUUCCCCGGGAGCCUCCGGUUUCGUCCCAAACAUACAUUUUUUGAAUUGUUGAAAAAAUUGAAUAUGCAAAAAAUUAAAAAAAU